UAGUGAAUUUGGAGACCAUGUGUGCCCAGGACAGAGCAGUAUCGCUGCAGAAAGUUGCUGGCCCCUUUGGUUCCUUCCUGAAUAGCUCCAUCCUCAGUGCUGGUGGGAACGAGAGCAAGAGGGAGGUGGCCUCUGCCGUGACGUUCCUCCUGCAGAGUGUGGAAUUGGCUGCACUGACAGCUGCUUUGAAGUCUCCGGAGAUGAAGAAACAGAAUGUGACAACAGAGUCUAUGGCUAUCGAGACGCUCCUCGUUGUCCCGGCUGCUGGUCCCUGUGAUAAGAACUUCACGCUGAGAGCUCAGGAGGAGACAAUGGACAUUCACUGCGAUACGGUCACCAGAGCAGCCACAGAAGGUUCCUGGGCUGUUGUUUUUAUUUCUUACUUCACCCUGGACUCCAUCAUGAACAAGAGAUUUGUCAACGAGGGAGAGCUAAUGGCUGAUGAGAAAUUGAGGAAUUGUCACCUGAAUUCCAGGGUGGUGAGUGGGGCUAUCGGAGAUGGGAGGCUCAUGAACAUCUCCAAACGUGUGAACUUCACCCUACGCCAUAGACAGGCAAAGAAAGAGGAGGAAGAGGCUCUCUGCGUUCACUGGAAAUUCAUCGCUGGGAAUGGCACCUGGGCUAAGGAUGGCUGCACCGUUCUCUACACGAACAGCACUCACACCAACUGCAGCUGUGACCAUCUCUCCAGCUUCGCAGUCCUUAUGGGAGUGGAGGAGAGUUACCCACUGACCAUCGUCACCUACGUGGGACUGACCUUCUCCCUGCUGUGCCUCCUCCUCGCCAUCCUCACCUUCCUCCUGUGCCGCUCCAUCCGCAACGUCAGCACCUCCAUCCACCUGCAGCUCUGCCUCUGCCUCUUCCUGGCCUACCUGCUCUUCCUCACCGCGGUGACCCGCACCCGCAGUCGGAGCUCUCUCUCAUCCUGUCCUCAGGUGGUGUGUGCUGUCAUUGCUGGCUUCCUACACUACCUCUUCCUGGCCAGCUUCACCUGGAUGUUCCUGGAGGGGCUGCACCUCUUCCUCACCGUCAGGAACCUGAAGGUCGUGAAUUACACCAGCGCCAGCCGGUUCAAGAAGAGAUUCAUGUACCCGUUUGGCUACGGAUUCCCAGCCCUGGUGGUGGCUAUUUCGGCAGCGUUGAAUCCUGAAGGCUACGGAACUUCCAAACACUGCUGGCUCAGCCCGGAGAAAGACUUUCAGUGGAGCUUCCUGGGACCAGUCUGUGCCAUAAUCCUGAUAAACUUAACAUUUUUUCUUGUAACCCUCUGGAUCCUGAGAGACAAACUCUCCUCCCUUAAUGAAGAUGUGUCCACUCUCAAAGACACCAGACUACUGACUUUUAAAGCUAUCGCCCAGCUAUUCAUUCUGGGCUGCACAUGGAGCCUUGGUCUCUUCCAAGUCGGCUCAGCAAAAAUGGUCAUGGCGUAUUUAUUCACCAUUGUCAACAGCCUGCAGGGAGCCUUCAUCUUCCUGGUGCACUGUCUCCUCAAUCGCCAGGUGAGAGAGGAGUACAGGAGAUGGAUUAAAAGCAUAAGAAAACCCAGCCCCACAACUCAAACGUUUAGUCUGUCCGGGUCCACUGUCACUACCAGCACCAAGAUGGUAAGAGAUCCUCUAUUCUGUUCCAAUACCAGCAUCCAAAAGUCGCAUCCAUCUGGGUCUGUUGUAGCUCCAGAGGCCCAGAAGGAUCAUUGA